GCAGCAGGCGAAGACGGCGAGCCACAGCAGCAGCAGUUGAACAGCACUGACUACGCCGAUGCGAAUGCCAACAACAUAGUGCCCAGCGGUGAGCAACCAGGCGCGAAUACGGUCAAAGGUGUGAAAAGCAAAAAGAUUGCCAAUGAGAAGAGAACUACAACGCCAUACAUGACCAAGUAUGAGCGUGCAAGAGUACUGGGAACACGGGCAUUGCAGAUCAGUCUGGGUGCUCCAGUACUAGUUGACGUUGAAUCUGAGACCGAUCCGCUCCAGAUCGCUUUGAAGGAGCUCCGAGAGAAGAAGAUUCCGCUGGUGGUGAGGCGAUAUCUUCCGGAUGGUUACUACGAAGACUGGACCUGCGAAGAGUUGCUUUAG